UUCAACUGUGAUUUUGCUCCGCAGUAGCUUUUUUAUCACAGGUGCAGGAGUUGCAGGUUUGACACAAUGAGGUUUUUAAUCUCAUUGUCUGUGUGUUUGCUGUUAUUGAUUUAUGAUGGAAUAACCAUUGGAGUGGCAGGUACAGAUACAACCACUGAUCCAACAACAGUUGAAACAACCACUGGAACAACAACAGUUGAAACAACCACUACAACAACAUCAGGUACAACCACUGAUCCAACAACAGUUGAAAGAACCACUGGAACAACAACAGGAUGUUCUCAGCCCACAAUGCUCUGCUGUCCUGGUCGCAAUGACACCUGCUACCGCGGGUGCUAUUGUGAUGAGAUUUGCGUCAUGUUUCGGGACUGUUGUAGUGACUACAUACCGACAUGUUCUCAAUUUUUUCCAGUAUCAUCAACUUCAGACCCAUUUGCAUCAUACACACCACCACCAAAUUUCACGCAAUCAUCAUCAUCAUCUUCACCUCCACCAUCUACACCAACCUCAGAACAAUCACCUCUCACUACAACCCAAGAAGUUGAUCCCUGCUACAACUACAAUGUGUUGGAUGAUCUCUGGAGAUCCACCAGUAAUCAGGAUUUAUCUCAGAUAAUGUGUGACGUGUAUGUGAAUUGGGCGGGUUGGUAUCGUCUCUUCAUUCAGGGUGAGAGUGUUCAGAUGCCAGACACAUGUGUUCAAGAGUACAGAUGUGGUACUAAUGCACCACUGUGGUUAAAUGGUGGACAUCCGACCGUUGAAGAUGGAGUGGUCACACGAGACGUCUGUGGUCACUGGAACGGUGACUGCUGUUAUAUCCACUCCAAUCCCAUUAGAGUCAAAGCCUGUCCAGACAAUUAUUAUGUCUAUGAGUUUGUGAGUCCUACAGCCUGCUAUCUGGCAUACUGUGCAGAUGUUACCAACAUUAUCACGACCCCAACCCCAAUAACAGAAACUACAACUGUACCUACAACUCUCAGCUAUGACCCAUGUUAUCAGUAUAACACUAUUGAUGAAUACUGGAGAGACAUACGGCUAAAUGCACAUCAAGACUAUGGAUACGAUGACACUACUGUUGAGUGGAAUGGCUGGUAUAGGCUGUAUUUGAAUGGAACAAAUGCUCAGAUGUCUGAAUGGUGUGUGAGUUAUGUGGGAUGUGGUGGUGAAACUGGACUGUAUCUCAGCGGUUCUCAUCCAAGUGUUGAGGAUGGAGUGGUGACUCGUGAGGUUUUGGGAAGCAAUAUGUGGUGGUAUUACUACAACCAGUGUGGUCAGUACAGAUCCAACCCCAUCCAAGUCAAAGCCUGUCCAGGAGAUUAUUAUGUCUAUAAACUCGUCACACCAGAUGUGUCAAUCUACAGACCUUCAUACUGUGCAGUUGCUUUCAGCAGCAGCAUCAACGAUCCCUGUUACAACUAUGAGUCUCUGGAUCGUCCCUGGAGAGCAACAACUGAAAAUGGAUUGUACAUUUGUGAUGAUUAUUUCUCCUGGAAUGGCUGGUACAGACUUUAUCAUUAUGGGAUGAACAUCCAAAUGGCAGAGAGCUGUAUUCAUACAUACACCUGUAAUGCAGGCCUGAGUCUGUCACUCAAUGGUCCUCACCCUCAGAUAGAAGAUGGGGUGGUGACCCGUGAGGUCUGUGGGGGAAAUUAUUGGGGUGGCUGCUGUGAUGUUAAGUCAAAACCCAUCAGAGUAAAAGCAUGUCCAGGAGAUUACUAUGUCUAUGAACUUGUGAAACCACUAGACUUGUGCUCAGCAUACUGUACAGACACCAGCACUGUAUCACAGACCAAUUUCACAACUCCAGCUGUGUUUACUGGAUCAAGCUUCACAUUGAGUGAGCCAUGCUCAAGCUACAACAUACUGGACGAUUACUGGAGAAACACACAGGAUUACUGGUAUUGGUAUGGAUGGAUAGGUGAACAUGAUGACACUCGUGUAAAAUGGGACGGCUGGUAUCGACUCUUCCUAAAUGGAGUGAGCGCUCAGAUGCCUGACUGGUGUUCUGCUUAUAUGUCAUGUGGAGGUUUCAGUUCUCUGUGGCUUGCUGGUUCUCAUCCUAGAGUAGAAGAUGGAGUUGUUACUCGUGAAGUCUACGGCUCUUAUUAUGAUCAUUGCAGUCGUUUCACAUCAAACCCAAUCCAAGUCAAAGCUUGUCCUGGAGAUUAUUAUGUCUAUGAAUUCACCAGACCAAACGUAGAGAUCCCAGUCCCUACAUAUUGUGCAGUUGUUUUCAGCACUACAAGCGUCGACCCCUGUGACAGCUACACCAGUCUGGAUGAACCCUGGAGAUCCACUGAUAAUUCUUACAAUAACUAUUACAACUACUAUAAUGCCAUGUGUGAUUAUAAUGUCGACUGGAACGGCUGGUACAGACUUUUCAUCAAUGGUCAGAGUACUCAGAUGCCAGAAUCAUGUGUCAGUUGGGGGAUGUGUGGCACUUAUUACCCAAUGUUCCUCAGAGAUCCUCAUCCACAGCUGGGAGAUGGAGUGGUCACACGACAUGUCUGUAUGUCCUCUAGGGACAGCUGCUGUGAUUUUCAAUCUCAUCCCAUACAAGUCAAAGCCUGUCCAGGAAAUUACUACGUUUAUGAAUUUGUCAGACCAUUUGAGUGCUCAGCUUAUUGUGCAGUGAGUAACACAAUGACGACGACAACAACAACAACACAGACAACAACAACCACACAACCCACUACUUCACCCAUCACAACCACUGGCCCAAUUCCAUUUUAUCCGUUUGGAGCUGGAGACAUAGAAAAUGGACGCAUUGAUGAUGGAAGUUCUGCAGUCAUCUACAUCCUGCAACCAUUUAUAUUUUUUGGACACACAUACAGCCAAAUUUAUGUCAACAACAAUGGACACUUGACCUUUGAUGGACCAUGGUCCAGCUGGUCUCCAUACAGCUUCCCAGGUCAUGGUGGCAAAGACAUCAUCGCUCCAUUCUGGACUGAUAUUGAUAACCGUGGGAAUGGUGUGAUCUCAUAUCAGCAGUACACCUCUGGCGAUGUCCUGACGCAAGCUACACAAGACAUAAAUCAAUACUUCCCUGAUCUGAGCUUCUCUGCUUCAUGGGUCUUUGUUGCAACUUGGGACAGAGUGGCAUAUUUUUCAUAUUCAGGAACUGAAACAUCUUUCCAAGUGGUUUUGAUUUCAAAUGGCCACCUCUCAUUUGUUUUAAUGAACUACGGUAGAAUUGCUCCAUCACAGCGAUAUGUACAGGCCGGUUAUGACAACAUCGACUCCAGCUAUUAUUUCUCAAUUACUGGAUCACUCCAGACUGACUUUACAGGCUUAUCAUACAGCAGCAAUGUCAAUGUUCUAGGCAGAUGGGCCUUCAGAACAGAUUAUGGACCACAGGGCUGUCAGUUCAAUGGUUUUUCAGUGCAAUUGGGAGAUUCUUUCUGGAGUGAUGCCACCUGUCAGGAGAAAUGCACCUGUACCAGCAGUGGCCUCCAGUGCAGCCUGGAACCCUGCACUUAUUCCCAAGCAUGUCGUGCAGCAGCUUUCCAAUACUCUUGUCAGAACAUUCCAAGACAAACCUGCACCAUCUCUGGAGAUCCUCACUACUACACCUUUGACAAUCAGAUUUUUCACUUUCAGGGAACUUGCACUUAUGUUCUCUCUGAGGCUUGUGGAAAUGGUUUGCCAAACUAUCGCAUUGAGGGCAAGAAUGAUCAUCGAGGUAGUACACAUGUGUCAUGGACUCGAAUGGUCAGAGUGUUUGUGUAUGAUCAAGAAAUUGAACUGAUUAAAGAUCACUAUUAUGAGGCAAAGGUUAACGGUACCUUUAGAGCAACACCAUUCACACUGAACAAUGGCUCCAUCCAGGUCUAUCAGUCAGGUUUCACCUUGGUCAUCAGCACAGACUUUGGUUUGGUGGUUACAUAUGAUGCAUACAGCUGGGUCACAAUCUCUGUACCUUAUGAAUAUCAGAAUGCCACAUGUGGUUUGUGUGGAAACUUUAACCUACAUCCUGAAGAUGAUUUCCGUUCUCGUUCUGGAGAGAUAUUAAGUUCAGAUGUGGACUUUGCAAACUCGUGGCAAGUAGAGGGAGACACAGACCCUGAAUGUCAUAAUGUCAGGUGCACUGGUCUGGCUUGUCUUGAUUGUAGCACCAAUGAUAUCAGUGUUUACAGUGAUACAAACCACUGCGGGAUCCUAGGAGAUGUUUUUGGUCCUUUUGCUGCCUGCCACUCUGUGCUUGCACCACAGACGUAUGUAGAGAACUGUGUCUAUGAUCUUUGCCUAGGAGGAGGAUACCAACCAAUUCUGUGUCAGGCUCUCAAUGUGUAUGCUGCUCAAUGCCAACAACAGGGGGUACAACUAGGCCAGUGGAGACAACAGGGAUUUUGUGAGAUUGAUUGCCCUAUUGAGCACAGCCACUUUGAGGCCCAAGGAACAAGCUGUCCAGCCACCUGCAGUGAUCCUUCUGCUCCAAUAAACUGUCCAUUGCCCAAUCAGGAGAGCUGUAUCUGUGAUGAUGGGUACGUUCUCAGUGCUGGGACAUGUGUACCUGAAGCAGCCUGUGGAUGCACCUUUGAGGGAUUCUAUUAUGCUGAGGGACAGUCAGUAGUGUUGGAUGAGGACUGUGGCAGGCAAUGUGUUUGCAGUAGCAUGACAAUGAUCUGCUAUCAGCAUCAGUGUGGUCCAGCAGAGGUGUGUGAAGUUCAUAAUGGUCUGAGAGGCUGCAGACCCACCAGCUAUGCUACUUGUUCAGUUGAAGGCCUGGGUUCAUAUCACACCUUUGAUGGACAAACUUUCAGAUAUCCUGGAGCUUGUGGACUGACCCUUGCAAGGGUUAUGGCGCCAUCCCUACUGCCAUCCUUUGCUUUGACAGUGGAAAAAGUUCCUAGAGGCCUUCAAGGUUUUGCUAGGUUCCUGAAGUUUGAGGCAGAAGGAACUCAGGUCAUCAUAGAAAUGGGAGAAGGUAGCAAUGUACAGGUGGAUGGACAGAUGGUUGGUUUGCCCAUCAGUGUUGGUUCCAAUCAGAUCCGUAUCUAUCACAGCAGUGUGAGGGGAUUUGUUCUGGAAACAAACUUUGGGGUGACCAUUAGAGCUGACUGGCCACACAUUGUCCGAAUCACAGCACCAAGCACUUACAGUGGUACACUCGGAGGUCUAUGUGGGAACUUCAAUGGAAACAUUGACGAUGAGUUUUACAGCCCAGAUGGUGUCCUACAGAACGACACCCAGACAUUUGCAGACAGUUGGCGUGAUGGGUCCUUAUCAGCCCACUGUGAGGACCCAGCUGACCUCUGGGAACCAGGACAAUAUCAGAACAGCAGUCAGUUCAGUGAGCAUUGCAACAUCAUGAUGAUGCCUGAUGGACCAUUUGCUGAGUGCAGCAGAACAAUAGACCCUUCACAACGCAUACAAGGUUGCAUUCAGAUGUUGGAGCAGACAAGAGGUGCCAGGGAGGCUCUAUGUGAGGCCCUGCGGGGAUACACACUGCUCUGCCAACAGAAAGGCAUCACAGUUGGAGAGUGGAGGAGCAUUACCUACUGUGAUCCCAUUUGUCCACUAAAUACCCAUUAUGAAUUGUGUGGCACAUCCUCUCCUGCAUCCUGCCCUAGUCUCUCAUUUCCCUUUCAGUACACAUUGCAGUGCCAGGAGGGUUGUCAGUGUAAUGAUGGACUUGUUCUGAAUGGAGAUCAGUGUGUGCCUCCAACAGGUUGUGGUUGCCGUUAUGCUGGACGUUAUCGGCAGCCUGGAGAGCAGUUCUGGCAUGGUGAAGAGUGUCAGUCUUUGUGUGUUUGUGAUGGAAUUACUGCAAAUGUCCAAUGCACACCAUCAUCUUGCAGUGAACAAGAAGUCUGCCGUGUGGUGGAUGGAGAGUACGGCUGCCAUCCCAAUCCACAUGCUAGCUGUUCUGCUUCAGGAGACCCCCAUUAUAUAUCUUUUGAUGGAACCUACUUUGAUUUUCAGGGCACAUGCAGAUAUGUGCUGGCCACAGUAUGUAAUGACACUCGUGGGCUUCCAGUCUUCCAGGUGGACGCACAAAAUGAGGCGUGGUGGGGAUCCUCAGUUUCAGUUACCGUUCAAGUUUUUGUCAAUGUUUCUGGGCAUCUUGUGCACAUGACACAGGACAUGAAUGGUUAUUCUUCUGUUCAGAUUGAUGGAGAGAUCAGAAAUCUCCCAAUCCUACUUGACUCUGGCAGGGUAUCUGUCUACUCCACUGGAUCACAAACAGUUGUUUCAACCGACUUCGGUGUCAGUGUGACUUACGGCUUCUGGGCAGUAAACAUCGUUGUACCUGCAGACUAUCGAGGAGUUACGUGUGGACUCUGUGGCAACUUUAACGGUCAUGCAGAAGAUGACUUCAUGACUCCUUCAGGUUCUUUGGCACCUUCAGCAAAUCAAUUUGGAGCAGAAUGGAAGGUUGAGGAUGAAGUGCCAUGCAGUGAUAGAUCUGGAGAUGAUCCAGGUCCAUUGUGCCAAGAUCAAACUAUUGCUCAAAGUCUGUGUGAUAUCAUCAGGGACAAUCAGGGCCCAUUUAGCUUCUGCCAUGCUGAUGUAGAUCCACAAGCAUACUUUAAUGACUGUUCAUUUGACGUGUGCCUCUCUGGAAACAGUAAUGAUGUCUUGUGCCACUCUUUGGAAUCCUAUAUGAGAGCUUGUCAGUCUGUCAAUGCUGUUGUCUUCCCCUGGAGAGAAAGUGCAUCCUGUGUCAUGCCGUGUCAGUUAGAGAACAGUCACUAUGAGUUGUGUGGCACAGACUGUGGUCAUACGUGUGCAAGCAGCAUUGAUGCUAGUUGUGAACACACAUGUUCAGAGGGUUGUUUCUGUAAUGAUGGAUUUGUGAGGAGCUCAGGACUCUGUGUACCUGUAGAGCAAUGUGGCUGCUUGUAUGACGGAUUCUACUAUCAUAUUGGUGAACAGUUCUGGAGCUCAGAAUGUUCUCAACGUUGUGAGUGUUUUGGCCCGAAUGAUCUGCGUUGUUCUGCAUCCUCUUGCCCACCGACUAUGGAGUGUACAGUCAGAAAUGGACAUCGCGGCUGCUAUGGUGAAAUGUCCACAUGUACAGUAUGGGGUGACCCUCACUACAUCACCUUUGAUGGGGCUGUCGCCCACUUUCAGGGAACGUGUUCAUAUGAGAUCGCCCAGACCUGUGGUAAUGCUACUGAUGAAGAUCUGGAGUUCCGUGUGGUGGCCACCAACAGGCACCGUGGAAACAUGGCAGUGUCAUUUGUGUCUGUAGUGGAUGUUUGGCUGUCCCACCAUGGACAACAGGCACAAAUCACUAUUGGACAGAACAGAAGACUAAAAGUUAAUGGGAACUCCACUGACUCAUCAACCUUUCAAAUCAGUGAUCUUGUGGAAGUAUAUGAGGAGCCAGGAUUUGUGGUUGUGAAUGCAUUUAAUGAAUUCACCGUCCAUUUUGAUGGUCAGAGCACCCUUCUAGUCAGACUGAGCCAAAGUUUCCAUGGAUCCGUAUGUGGAAUGUGUGGCAAUUACAAUGGAGACCCAGCAGAUGAUAUUGCAUCACCUAACGGAGACCUUGCACCUAAUGAUAAUGACUUUGGCAACAGCUGGAUAUCAGACACCAGUACACCAGGAUGUGGUGCGAGCGAUCGGACCGGAGAUCCUGACGAGUGUCCAUUUAAACAGAAGUAUUCUGAUCUGUGCAGUAUUAUCACCAACACAAACGGACCUUUCCAGGAAUGCCAUCAUCAUGUUGACCCUGCACCGUACUAUUACUCCUGUGUGUAUGACCUGUGUCUCUACACAGCACAAAAUGGCAUGUUGUGUUCAGCUGUUCAGGCUUAUGAGGCGGCUUGUGUCGUAUUGGGCACACAGAUCCCAGAAUGGCGCUCCAGUCUGCAGUGCCCUGAAAGAGAUCCCUGUUCUGCACUCAACUGUACUGAAGAUGAAUGGUGUGGAGAGAUGAACAGUGUUUACGGCUGUUUCUGCAAUGAGAACAAAACCAGAUCUGAUCCUGACAAUUUUGAUUUCUUUGAAACCUGUGAAAGCAGUACAGGAUCUAUAUCUAUAUCUCGCUGUCAGCUCUUUGAAGCUGGUUUUUCAGCUCAUGGCCUGCACCUCAAUGAUCCCAGCUGCAGAGGAAUCAUCCAGAAUGGCCGAGUGGAGUUUAGUUUUGAUAACAAUGAACACAACUGUGGUACAAAUCUUAUGGCCAAUGGCACUCAUAUAAUCUAUAAGAACUUUAUUUUGGGAGCACCAAGGUCAUCUGAAGGUCUCAUCAGUAGAGAGAGAAUCUUGCAGAUAUCUUUCAGCUGUGUUUACCCCCAAACCCAAACACUUUCUAUGAUAGAAAUCAACCCACUGGAGAGUCGUGUGAACAAGAAUCUUGUUGGUCAAGGGAUGUAUCAGGUCCGAAUGAUCCCAUAUCAUGAUGUUGGAUUCUCUCAGCCCUUCAAUGGUAGUGUGAAUGCAGAACUCAACCAGAAGAUUUUUGUUGAGGUUCGUGUUGAUGGGGUUGACAGUCGACAGUUGGUGACAGUGAUUGACACAUGUUGGGCUACACCUGUGAAUGAUCCAGAUUACAGUCUGCGCUGGGAUCUCAUCACUGGAGAGUGUCCAAAUCCACAUGAUAACACAGUGAAGCUUCUUCAGAAUGGUGUCUCAACAUCCAGCCGUUUCUCCUUCAGGAUGUUCAUCUUCAACUCAAACUCCACUAAAGUUUACCUGCACUGUUCUGUUCAUCUUUGUAUUCAGGCCAACAAUUAUUGCCAAGCUCACUGUGGCUCUGGAUAUCACCAGAGAGUCGGCAGGUCUCUGGACUUCCAUGACAGUUCUUCUAUAUCCAUGGGUCCUUUCGUCUGGUCUGAUGGAAAUGCAGACACAUGGGCUCUAGAGAAAGAGCCAUUGUCCGGAGCUCCAGGUCUGUGUGGUUGUUUGAUGAUUCUGUUGGUUUCACUUCUGAGUGCCAUCACCAUCAUCUAGGACGUCUCCACAAUGCAUAAUUUCUAAUUUCAAACGUUUCUAUACUAAAGCGUAAUAUUUGCUUUAUCAUAUCUGUUAUCUGAUUUUGUUUUCUAUUACACUAAUGAAGGAUUAGAACAGCACUUAUUUUGUCUUUUAUGAUAAAAUAAGAUUUAAAUUGAUUGUAGAUUUUCUUUUUUUAUUGUCUCUUCUUUAUAAAUGCUUUAUUGUGUUCAAAAAAACUAUUGAAAAAAAUA